AUGCUUGCCUCAGACAGCACUGUGAGAACUCCCAGACGGGCCCAGUCGGCACUGUCGAACCCGCCUUCGGAUCCGUUGGAGUCUACCCGCAAGAGACAAACCAAGAAAGACGAUCAGAUCAGAAAGAAGAUCGAAAACGACCUCAAGAAGAAGAACAACGUCACUAUGGUGUCCACGUUUGGCUCGCCCCAGAAAAAGUCCAAGGCGGGAUCCGGCGCCAGUGGGACCGUCAUGUCCUUGAAGCCCUCCGAUCCGGUCAUCAUGAAGCCUUCCAACACCGUCUACGAAGCGGCCCAGCUCAUGUCUGUGACUAAGGAAAAUUGUGUUCUGGUGGUGGACGAUGCCGGACAACUGGCAGGUAUUUUCACGGCCAAGGACCUUGCAUUCCGUAUUGUUGGAUCCAAUCUCAAUGCCAACCAGACCUCUAUCGAGCAUAUCAUGACCCCAAACCCAAUGUGUGCAAAGAUCACCACUUUGGCUUCCGAUGCUCUCUCCUUGAUGGUCACCAAAGGUUUUAGACAUCUGCCGGUGGUCAACGACAACCACCAGAUUGUCGGAACGUUGGACAUCACCAAGUGCUACAAUGAAGCCAUGACCAAACUCGAAAGAAUGUACGAGAGCUCCAAGAAGCUCUACGAUGCAAUGGAAGGUGUCACCGAAGAGCUUGGCGGCGGUCAGCCUCUGCACGUGAUCAAGUACUUUGAGAGUCUUAAGAAUAUCAUCAAUGGGCCAAGACUCAAUUCUGUUCUGUCCGACAGAACUGUUCCAGUCUGCUGCGACAUCAAGACGUCUGUGCACGAUGCUGCCAUUUUGAUGAAGGACAACAAGACCACGGCUGUUCUGGUGAAAGACUCCAAGAACAACGAUGAGGUUACGGGUAUUUUCACCUCCAAAGACAUCGUUCUGAGAGUGAUUGCCGCAGGUAUCGAUCCACGCACCUGCUCUGUGAUCCGUGUCAUGACUCCAAAGCCAUCGUACGCCCUGGCUAGCAGCUCCAUCCAUCAAGCCCUUAGACAGAUGUUCGAGGGACGGUAUUUGAAUUUGCCUGUGGUGGACGACGAGAACAGCGAGAUUGUGGGUGUUGUUGAUGUGCUGAAGCUCACGUACCAUACUUUGAACCAGAUCCAGUCGAUCCAGAUGAUCAACAACGGCGACUCUGACGCUGGUUCGAACGAGGAGAAGGAAGGCCCUGCAUGGAACAAGUUCUGGACCUCGUUAGAGAGCGACACAAACUCGCUACAUUCGGCUUCGCUUGCGGAUGUGACGCAGUCUGAGUUGGCUCAAUUCAACGUUUCCACAAACGACAUUGUUAGGCCUUCCGACUCUGUUUCCUUCACAGGAGCUCCAGAGACUAACUCGUCGGCAUUGAAGCCUGCUACCGUGGAAGUUGACUUCAACGAGCCGGUGUUCUUCAAGUUCAAGUCGCCUCAAGGAAGAACACACAGAGUCAGUUGCAAGCCGAGCGACGGUAUCGAGCCAUUGCGUGAACUCAUUGGUUCCAAGCUGUCUAGACAGGAAAUGAGAACGCUGCUUUCACCAGCAAAGGACUCAGAGACCGGUGAAAGCCUCGAGCCUGCCGAGCAAUUUGCUAUUUCGUAUGUGGACGACGAGGGAGACCUGGUGGCCAUCACUACGGACCAGGACUUGAAAGACUGUGUUUUUGUGGUGAGCAACCUGAACCUCGACAAGAUCAACCUGUUGAUCCACCAUCCAGACCAACAAGUCAACGUGGACUCUGCGCUGAACUCUGCAAAGCUUGGCAACAGCAGUGCCGCUGCGCCAAACGACACUUUGCAAGAGUUGAUUCUCCCUGGCGUGCUGUUUGCGCUUGCUGCAUCGGUGGUGGUUGCUUUUACCUUCUCCCGGAGAUGA